AUGUACUACCUAUUCCCCGAUAUAACCAGUAUUCAAGGACGAGCAGGGACACUCCUCGCCUCGCGUCAAGGAGCUAUCUCCUCGUUCAACUGGAGACUUUUUGCAUUGUGCCUCUGGGGGCUGUUAGUGGCUACCACGCUCGCCUUUCGCUAUCAGUCGUCGCGCGAUCCAGGCGCCAGAGCCGCUCUCCUCACCAAGGGUCGCCAAUUUCUCCAAGCAUUCGUGAACUCGGGAGAGGAAGAAAUCGACGCUCGGAUACAAUCCUACAUCGACCUCGCUGUACAUCGCGCCCUUCGGGAUGCCGUCGGGCGGCGGGACUUUGCCCUGUACGCCAAUGGCGGCUGGCCUAUUCCGGAUAUCACUUCUGAAAUGAGUCCGCGACCGAAGACGCCGUCCUCACAUCCUCCCGAGCUCGCCCUCAAAGAAGAUAUGCACGUUGGAAGCUGCUGGCAACUUCCGGCGCGCCGUGGACAACUCGGUCUACGACUUUCGCACAUGAUGUACCCAACCCAUGUGUCAGUGGACCAUAUCCCUCAAGAGAUCGCCGCCGAUGUUGGGGAGGCACCCCGCCUACUUCACGUGUGGGGCGCGGUGGAUGGCGACGCCAACCAGGGCCUAUUGCGCCACACCACCGACAGCCUUAUCGCGUCAGGUAGGGAGCCGCCUCUCCUUGUGGGACCCGCCAUAACCUGUGGUCUUCACUUCGCCCUCCUGGCCUCCGCUCAUUAUGAUAUCCACGGUUUGACCCACGUCCAAACCUUCGAUGUGCAGCAGUGGGUAAUUGAGUCGGGGAUAGACUUCGGGGUCGUCGUAUUCGAGGUGGUUGAUAACUGGGGGGCAAAUAGUACAUGCUUGUAUCGCGUUCGCGUUCAUGGCGCACAAACGGGUCCCGCGUCGCGCCAACUUGUAUAG